AUGGAGCACUGUUCAGGCCGAAAUACCAUCGGGAGCCGUACGCGGCACUCGAGUCAACCGCAGCUGCUGGGAAGAAUCUUCCGCGAAGGCCAUCGUCCUGGUUGGGAGGCGGGAAUCGAGGCUUCUCGAAACGAAACGCGACCUAGAGGCAACCUUUGGGAAGCAAGGGAACACAAGAACACAACUUCUUCCGUGUCAACAUAUUCCACGGAUAUAACGGAUGUUGCCUCGGUGCAUGCGACCUUCAAAAGCAUCGCGGACAAGUUUCGAGCGGUCGAUGUCCUCAUAAAUAAUGCCGGUUACCUGCCAGAUUUAGCGCGAUUUGAUCAAUCGGACUUUGACGAUUGGUGGUCGGCCUUCGAAGUCAACGUAAAGGGACCGGCAAGUACUGUCCGAUCAUUCCUUCAAAUCGCCUCUCCGGGUGCAACUUUGAUUAAUAUCACAUCAAAUCUUACGGGACAUCCGCAUACACGGCUUCAAAAAUAG